AUGAACCCCGCUGACCCCAACGGCGAAUUGCCGCCAUCGCAAAGCAGCCAUGAUCCGAGCACCGCUUGGAUACACGAAAUGUUUAAGCAGCAACAGUGUCUCCCAAACCAACAGCAGGAAGCAUUUUUAAAGCAGCAGGAAAAUUUUUUAACGCGGAUGAUGUCAGCUGUAAAUGUGCGUGAAUCGAUAGUGCCGGAGUUUUUGAUUGAUUCGCUGGCGAAGCACGUAACGGAGUUUAGAUAUGAUCCCGAGGAACGCGUCAGCUUUGCUACUUGGUACGGGCGGUUUGAAGAUCUGUUCGAGAAGGAUGCUGCCAAGCUACCCGAGGAUGCUAAAGUGAGGUUGCUGUUGCGGAAACUCGGAGUGGCAGAACAUGCGGAGCGGUACAACAGUUAUAUAUUGCCAAAAAAAGCUUGUGACUAUGGGUUCGCGGAAACAGUUGUAAGGCUAAAAGCGCUUUUCGGAACGGCAGAAUCCGAUAUACAGCCGCUACCGGCCAGCUCUGUCGUACGCUACGCGAACUUAGUCUUGUAA